UCUGCGCCGCGCUCGCCCCUUCCCCACAUCUUCCCAAGACAGGCUGGGGCGGGGGCGGGCGUCGGCCGCGGUGACGCGCAUCAGGCCGGGAGCCAAUGGGAGGCGGGAUCGGCGCUGAUGGACGGGGCUAGCGGCCAGUGGCGAGGCGCUGGCACCACUUCCCGUCGGGGAGAGAGUGUAAUAUGGCGAAGACCUACGAUUACCUGUUCAAGCUGCUGCUGAUCGGGGACUCGGGGGUGGGGAAGACCUGUGUCCUGUUCCGCUUCUCCGAGGACGCCUUCAACUCCACUUUCAUCUCCACCAUAGGAAUUGACUUUAAAAUUAGGACCAUAGAGCUCGAUGGCAAGAGAAUUAAACUACAGAUAUGGGACACAGCUGGUCAGGAACGGUUUCGGACGAUCACAACGGCCUACUACAGGGGCGCAAUGGGCAUCAUGCUGGUCUACGACAUCACCAACGAGAAGUCCUUCGACAACAUCCGGAACUGGAUUCGGAACAUUGAGGAGCAUGCCUCUGCAGACGUCGAAAAGAUGAUACUUGGGAACAAGUGCGACGUGAAUGACAAGAGACAAGUUUCCAAGGAACGGGGAGAAAAGCUGGCCCUGGACUAUGGAAUCAAGUUCAUGGAGACCAGCGCCAAGGCCAACAUCAACGUGGAGAACGCAUUUUUCACUCUCGCCAGAGACAUCAAAGCAAAAAUGGAUAAAAAAUUGCCCCAAAUUCUGCAGGUUGUGACAACCUUCAGUGGGCGCCGGGGCUCUGAGGCUUCCAGGGGGUCCUGCCUGAAUCCCUCCGCAUCCACCCUUUCAUUCAUUUCCAGCUUUCCUGUUUACCACGUUGCAAAUCACCAACAGUUAAAGUCCAUCCAUUUCCUACCACUUUUGUUUAUGUUCAGAGUUGCAACCCCAUACCACUUCCUAUUCGUCUUUUUUUAAAUUUUUUAAAUUUUUUUAAGAACUCUUAUUGAGAUAUAAUUGACAUACAAUAAACUGCAUAUAUUUAAAGUGUACAAUUUGAUAUUUUUUUCUUAUCUUUUUUUAAUGUAGCUGACGUAGGACAUUGUGUAAAUUUGGCACCAUGUAGGCAUUCAGCAGUUCCUGUUGAAUAAAUUCAGGUUUUACCUGAGAGCUGAAAGAUGGGAAGGAAUUAGUCAAAGAAACAGGGCCAAACCUUUCCAGACGUGGUGGUGUGAGAGAAAACAGGAUUUCGGUUCCCAGGGCUGACGGGGCCAGAACAGAGGCUUCAAAUGCCGGGCAACAGCACGGAUGGGUUUUCAACAGGGCUUGAGUUUAGGGCUUACCCUACCUGCAGCAGGGUGGGAGGCGAACUGUGGGGAGAGGUGGGGAGCUAGAGCCUUGGCACAGGGACAGGGAGACCAGCUGGCUGUGAGUGGUGCUGGGACCUUGAACCCAGCCCCUCCAAAUCCCAAGAGAGAGAGCCUUUCUGCUGUCCGUCAGCUGCCUCACAUGUAGGUGUCCAACACAGAUGGGUAGUUGGAUGGGAAGGAGGGUUGGGUAGGUGAAUGGAAAGAAGGGAAUGGGGAAAGAAGAGAGUGAGAUGCGUAAAUCAGUGGUUGGAAAGCUGUUGAGAGGGUGAAUGGAAAGGGGUGGAUGGGUAGGUGAGUGAGUGAAUGAAGGAAUGAAUUAUUGGAAGGAGUGAUGGAUGGGUAGUAGAUGAAAAGCAGACCUAUGGGCUUGUGAAAGAUGAAUUGUCAG